UUCAAGAAAUAAAAUAAUUUUGUGGCUCUGUGAGCUUAGCUGAGGAUCCAAGACCGUAUGACGCUUUCACAAGGAUCAAAGCCAGAGAGACUUAGUUUUUAAUGACGCAAUAGUCCUGCGGAUUAGUGGCAAGAGGGAGAGACCACCAUGUUUUUGUUUCCUGAACAGUAUUAGUUUUAAACUUUCUGUCAACACUGGAUGUUGCCUGAAAGCCCAGCUGACCAUCAAUGAUCAGUCUGACUUUGUGUCAGAUGCCACGGAAGUUCCCAGAAUUAAUCUCUGCUUCAAGUCUAGUAAAUGCUGGUGAACUAAAGCACAUCUCUUAGAAAAAUAUACAAUCUUUAUUUCAAAUUUUCCAGCGAUGGUGAACCUACCACAGCCUUUGGUAAGUUAUUCUAAUUGUUAAUUACCUUCACAGUUUGAAACAAAACAAGGUAAUGAAUGUGAAUACACCAAGAACCUCUUCCACUCUUUUAACUCCAUCCAUUAAGUGACAGGACCUGAACACAGUGUUUCUCUAGGCUUCCCCUGGUGCCAAAGCUAUGUUAAUGUGAUCCUCCUCUUACUGCUUUCCUCAGGCCAUAUCUCCAAGGAUAUAGUUCAUAUUAUGGCAAAGCACUGACAGAUGUUGAUCAGAUAAUUAACAGAUGGAAUCCCCAGUUUCCCUCAGUAGACUCCAUGUCUUGUAUGCAUGGACCAGAUUCUUCAGUCCACAACCAUAAACUGAGUAAUUCACUAUUUUCCCUAAUAUUUGCCACUGACAAAUUUGAUCAGUAUUGUUUUUGUUUUCUUUCAGGUCAUUGCUCAAAAAAUACUGAAUUUUCUAGGGCCCAAAUUUGGCUUCUGGGGCACCUGUGUGAAUGCUGACUGGGGGGCCACUCAGUGGGACCUACAGGCUGCGCCAGAUUCACUUCCACUGGGGAUCCAAUGAUGAAGCUGGCUCUGAGCACACUGUGGAUGGGAUGAAGUAUGCAGCAGAGCUUCAUGUGGUCCAUUGGAAUGCAGAGAAGUAUUCCAGUUUUGUUGAGGCAGCUUCUCAGUCAGAUGGACUUGCAGUCAUGGCUGUAUUUCUGAAGAUUGGUGAGUGCAACCCUCAGCUGAACAAGAUUACUGACCGCUUGGACACCAUCAGGAUCAAGGGAAAAAAAGCACUAUUCACAAACUUUGAUCCCAGCUGUCUGCUUCCCAAGUCCCUGGACUACUGGACUUACUUUGGAUCUCUCACUGUUCCACCUCUCCUUGAGAGUGUCAUCUGGAUUGUUCUGAGAGAGCCCAUAAGUGUUUGUUCUGAACAGCUGGCCAAAUUCCGCAGCCUCCUGAGCACUGCAGAGGACGAGGUCGCUUGCUGCUUGCUGAGAAACUUCCGGCCUCCACAGCCUCUAAGGGGACGAGAAGUCAGAAGGAAUUAAAGGAGCAAAUCCAGAGUAGCCUCCCUCUGAAACCAAAGGCUGAAUUCAUUUUAAUAGUUAAUAUACUUUGUGAUUUUUCAUUUUUUUUGUGAGUUGUUUUAACACAUAGGUGUUGUUUUAUUAGUGGUUUCCAUGCAGUCAUUUCUCAGAAGCAAGUAUGUCCAGAGUUGUCACAG